AAACGUCGAAAAAUAAAGGCACCUGCUUGUUUAUUCGACGCGAGGAAGGAUUUUUGGUUCACUUUCUGUCCUCUAACAGGAGUACUAUCGCAAAGAAGCACCGUCUUGUCGCAAAGGAGGAGAAAGAAGAGCGACAUGUUUACCAGCAGCGCCUUGGUUUCGGCGCUAUUGUUCUUGUGCGCAGCAACAGAUGUCAGCGGUUUCACAGUCACCACACAGAAGACUGUAAGUGUGAAAGAGAAUGAAGGAACGGACCUUACAUGCCAGUAUUCAGCAGACUUUGGUCCGUCCCCCAGAAUUGAAUGGAAAUUUAAGAAUACGAAAGGCUCACAGGUGUACGUGGUUUAUAAUGGGGAACUCACACAGCCGUAUGCCAGCCGCGUGCAGUUGUUCAGUGGCAGUAAUCUGAGAUUUUCUAAAGUGACUCGUCAGGACAAUGGAGAGUACAGCUGUGAGGUGUCUAAUGCCAAUAACCAGUUAGGAGAAGGCACAGUGAGGCUGAUUGUUCAGGUGCCUCCAUCUCCGCCCGUGUGUAGGAUCCCCACAACAAUUACGACAGGCAAGACGGCCAUGCUGACCUGCCACGAUAGCGACGGCUCGCCUCCCCCCACAUACCAGUGGUACAAAGAUGGCACCCUUCUGCCCACCGAUCCUAGCUCACUUGCUGCCUUCAGGAAUUUCACCUACAAAAUGAAUCAAGCAAACGGCAACCUGGAGUUUCCUCGUACAACCAAGCUUGACUCUGGUCAGUACUUCUGUGAGGCUGUCAACAACGCUGGUCCUGCUCAGCGCUGCAAAGCUGUGAAAAUGGAAAUUCGUGACCUAAACACUGGCGGGAUUGUUGCUGGUGUAAUCGUGGGUCUGCUGCUUCUGCUCCUACUGGUACUUGGCCUUUGGUAUGCCAACAAGAAGGGAUACCUGCCCAAGAAGAUUGAAAGCAAACCAAGGCCUAAUGUGGUCUACCAGCCUCCAUCAUCAUAUGGUGGUGGUGAUGAAGAGGAUGGGGAUUUCAAACAGAAGUCAUCGUUUGUGGUAUAGUCUGCAGGCGGCAGUCGCUGCAGAGAACACUUUGGUUUCAACGACUCUCACCGUGUGAUUUUCCUCAAGAUUUUAGGUUUCAAAGUUGCAGUUUUUGUAGAGCAGUGUGAGUGACCUGACACGUCCACUCUGGUGUCUCAAAUGUGUCAGCACGUGAGAUUAAUAGGGAAUCAUUCACUACAGAUGGGUAAUGACACCUCUUUUGUACAUGCAUAGGUUGUUUGUUUUUUUUUUAUCAGUGGAAUGAUCUGUGGCUAACACUGACCUAUUUUAGCCUCAGACAUUUUCAUGCUUAAGAUUGAAGUGAGUGUUUCUGUGUGCUUUUCAUUUGUGUCUCCUAACAGAACUGUAAAUGAUGCAUCCUCGUGUAAACAUGUCAAACCAGAGCACAGAAACCCCCUAAAUGAAACAAUAUAUUUUUUUUAAAUCUUGAAAUAUAAAUACAUUUUUAGCACUGCACAAGCUCAACAGACACAAUUUUAUCUGCUUUUAUUACAUUUGCUGACCCGACACCUUAAUUUCCGCCAGUGCACCCCUCUUAUCAUACAUAUCACAGCUGAGCGUUGUUGAGAGGUGCUUCAUUUCUGCCCUUUUCUUAACAAACUGCACAGCUGUUGUAAUGUACAAGAAUUGUUUUCUAUAUAUUAUUUUUUUGUUUUGUUUCUCUUUCUUGUAAAUAUUUUUAUAUUUGUGAUUUAGAUCAACUCAUCAGUAGAGAGAAGUGGUCCCUGAGCCUCCUGACGUGAAGUAGAACGUUUACAUUAUUUGUAGCAUUCGUGUUUUAGGUGCACAUCAUCUUUAAUAUGUCUGACAAUAUUGCAUCCACAUUUUCGGCUAGUUUUGUCUGGAACGUAAACCUCCUGUUAAAGCAAACACAUGUCAGCUGUGAUACAAUACAUCUGAAUGAAUUGGAAAGUUUUACUGUCAUGUCUAUAAGGUAAUGUGUGCAGCCUUGCAGUAAUAAUCACCUAAAGUGUUCUGACAUAAGAGUCCCUCGUCUACCUCUGGACACUAAAAUUACAUUGAUUUUGUCUCAUUUGUCAUCCUUGACAUCCACAAAUACUCAGGUCAUGUACUUAACGUGGUUCGAGAGUACAUAUGACUGCAUAAAUUGUCAGGUUCAAUAUUAAAAUGGGAAUGUUUUCUACAUUAUUUUUUUCUUUUUAGAAAUUUUAAAGCUGAUGAUUGUAACUUUGCUGUGUAUAUAAAAUAAAGAUGUGUAAAAUUAA